AUGUACAAGGCGAGAAAGGCCUCGCCUCAUUGUUGGCCGCUUAUUGUUGUGAGGCGGCGGUGGGCAAGCUUCGGGGACCUGCACCGGGACGCAGCGCCACGGCCCAUUCUUACACUCCACCCAACGACAGAGCGGGAGGCCCCGAACAUCCGACCCGCCAGACACGAAGUUUCACUCCCGGGCCCUCGGGAAGAGCUUCGCCCGGCUCGUGGGCGGGAAACCGGGCGGGCACGGGGCGGGCACGUGCACGCGCGGAGGCCGGCCGAAGGUUGCAGAGCGACCUCGGGCCACAGCGCCUCACGUGACCCACCGCGCCGCCCCGAGGCCUCGCCGGGCGUGGGGGCCGAAGGGCGCGCGGGGCCGCGAGUCACAGAGGCCGGGCCCCGCCCCGCGAGCCCGGGACGCCCGGUCCUCCCUCCGUCUCGGCGGGCCGCGGGGCGGGGCGGGCGAGAGGGCCGCGCCGGGCCGGCUCGUCAGGCGGCUGGCGGCGCGCGGCCCGGCGGGACAGCCCGGUCUCCGCCGGCGACCCCGCGCGUGGUGGCGGGCUCGGCCGACGCCCCGAGGGCUGGGCCGGCGGGCGGUUGGCGCGGCGUUCGCGCGGGGAGGGCGGCGGCCGGCUCCCGGGUCUCCGUCCCAGCCCGAGGCGUCGGUGCCCCGGCGACACACGGGCGGCCGGGCGGCCUCCGGCCCGGGCCGGGGACCAUGUCGGCUCGCGCCCCGGUGCCCGCCGCUCGCCCCCGGGAGGACCCGCCCACCGUGGCGGCCGACAGGGAGGCGCUGCUGGUCGCGCAGCCGCCCGGGCCGGAGCGGGACGGCGAAGAGGCGGCGAGGGAGGAGCGGGCCGCGGCCGCCACCAGCGCUGGGGCGCGGGGGGAGCCGUCUCCCGCGCCGGUGCGGGGACACAGCGUGCCCCAGGCGGCCGUGCCCGUCAGGCCCCUGGCUCUGCACCUGGCGCACAAGGCGCGCGGGCCCGGCGGCCCCUUCGGCUUGGAGCCGCCGCCGCCGCCACCGCGGGACGUGCCGGCCGAGGACGCCCCGGCGCCGGCCGGCCCCGAGGACAAGCUGCCGCCGCCGCCCAAGGAGAACCCCUGGACGCGAAGGCCGCCCCCGUGCGCCGCAGUGACCGGCGCGCCAGCCGCGCCGGACGUCCCGGUGGCAGAGCUCAGUUCCCCAAAAAUUAUAAAAACAGGAAAAGUCAAGACAAAGAAAUCCAACAAGGCCAGUGAUUUCAGUGAUAUGGCAAAUUGGCCAACACCAGGUGAAUUAGUGAGCACUGGAUCUCAGAGUACGAUCAACCAAGGAAACAAGAAGUCACAAAUUAGAAAAGAAAAAGAAGAGAAGAUUGAGAAGAGAAGUAAUAGUGAAAGCAAAGAAAACCGGGAAGCAAAAGUAGAUGGUCUUGGUGAAAACAUCAGUGAGGAUGAGGCCCAGUCAAGUAAUCAGCGAAAGAAAGCUAAUAAGCACAAGUGGGUACCACUCCACUUAGAUGAUGUAAGACCAGAUAGUCAAGAAAGACCUGGAUCCCGGAACAGCUCAAGAUGUCAACCUGAAGCAAAUAAGUCAGCACAUAAUAAUAGGAGAAAUGAUACACGAAGUAAGUUACAUUCUAAGAGAAAAAUGAGUAAUGAAAGAACUUGA